ACUGUUGAACCAGCAGAGGGCAGCAGAGGGCAGCCGCCACAGUCUUUCCUGUCAGUGUUUACAUCUACAGUCACAGCACAAAGCAGAGUUCAGCCUCUGAUCUUAGUCCUUUGUUUCUCAGGAUGAAAUCGAAACCUUAACCACAACUACAAAUGCAUUCAAGCGUUAAAGAAGUUUUUCCCUCAGGCGAACAGAAAGUGAAAGAAGAGCCGGUUGAAAUGGAGGUGGAAGACGCAGGUAAAACCUUCAGCCACGAGGAGCUCCGACUCGUCCUCAUUGGGAAGACGGGAUCUGGGAAAAGCCUGUCUGGGAACACCAUCCUGGGCCGCAAGCAGUUCCUGUCGCAGACCAGCGCCAGCUCUGUCACUCAGAUCUGUGAGCUCGGGAGCGCUGAGGUCAUUGUCGAGGAGGACACAGAGGAGCAGGCUCCCAAAAAGGAGAGAAAGAGGAGAAUUACAGUGGUGGACAUGCCCGGUUUUGGAGACACUCACCUCACUGUGGAGGAGACUCAUGCAGAAAUAGCUAAAUGUGUAUCGCUCUCUGCGCCUGGUCCUCAUGCUUUCCUCCUGGUUGUCCCAGUUGGACGAUAUACAGACAGUGAGGACCAGGCUGUGUGCCAGCUGACCAGGAUCUUUGGGGAAGACGCUGUUCUUCAUCACACCAUCGUUCUCUUCACAAGAGGGGAUGAUCUGGAAGACAUGACCAUUGAAGAAUAUCUGAAGACUGCACCAGUUGCCCUCAAAGCUCUAAUUGAGAGAUGUGGAGGAAGAUACCACGUCUUCAACAACAAAGAUCCUAAUAACUCUGAACAAAUACAAAAACUACUGUUGAAAGUGGACACGUUGGUCAAGCAGAGUGACGGCGGGUUUUAUAGUAACAUGAUGUUUUUAGAGGCGGAGUCUGCCAUCAGAGAGGAGCAGACGAGAAUGUUGAGGGAGCGACAACCUGCAGAGGAUCAGGGCAGCGUGGAGGGUGAGAAUAAACUACCAAAACGAAGAAAACAGGAUUUGGAGCCAAAUCAAAGCGAGGAUUCAGGUUUAAGGGUGGAAAGGUGGACAGAAGAAAGAAAAGGCAGCCCCUUUCUUCUUCUGAGAGAAAACUUUAGGGGCCGGCGUCAGGGUGGGAACGGUGUGGUCAGCCGGCGGCAGUCUCUCCGUUCGUCUUUGAGCCGCAUCAGAAGGGAAGCUGCACUUUCUCCAAAAGUGCUGGAGAGGAUAAAGAUCCUGGUGGCGUCUGGGGCCACCGGCAUGGCAGUGGGUGCUGUGUUUGGAGCCGCCGUGCCGUUAGCUGCUGCAGCUGGGGCGUCUCUUGUGGGCAAUUCAGUUGGUUUUGCUGCCAGUCAGCUCGCCGGAAUAUCGGCUGCAGGAGGCACGGGUAUCGGGAAAGCUGUCGGGGCGAUUGUGGCUGCAGCCUCUGGAAAAACUGCAGUGGCGUUAAGCGCAGCUACAGGCGUGGUUGUGGGCGGGUCAAUCGGUGCUGUCGCCGGCACUGAGGCUCCCAGCCCUCAGGAGGGCGCCUUGGAUGCCCUUCACCAAGUUAGUUUGAUCGGAGCAUCUGCUGUGGGGGUGGCAGCAGGUGUAGGGUGCUCCUUGGGAGCUGGUGCAGCUUUAGGUGCAGCUCUGGAGGGAACAGGUUGUGGCGCUGCAGCUCUCGGUGGAGCUGAAGCCGCAGCUGUCGGAGCAGCAGAUGCUGGCUCUGUGGCUGCAGCUCAGGGUAGUUUAGCUGUGGCAGAACAUGCGGUGGCCUCUGCUGGAAGCGUAUCUGCAGGGACUAAUCAAGGUGCCUUGGUUGCAGCUCAAAGUGUGUCUGCAAACGUCCCAGCGGUUGCUGGGGCUGGAAGUGAGCUGACAGGAUCUGCAGUAGCAACAACGUCUCGCCUUCUCAGCGCCGUGGCUGAGAUCGGGAAAGCGGCGGCAGGCAUCGCCCUGGCUGGAGGUCUGGUUGUGAAGGUGGUGAAGGAAAAAGUCCGGAGUCGUGCAGGAACAGCAGAAACGAGCUACUCUGAGAAAUCCUCCUAUGAAGUCUACUUUAACAAAUAAACUCUGAUUCUUUUAGGUGGAGUCAUAUUCAUUUCUUGUUUAGAUAUAAGUACAUGCAGUGAGUUUUUCAGCACUCCCAUCUCUCAGUUUUAUGCUUUCAAAUAGAUUUUUAGUAAGUUGGAGGAGAAUCUGAUCCACCGAAAGGUUUUUGCUUGGAAACACAAACAGAAUCUGCAUCUGUUUUGUGUUAAAUCUGCAGAGAUCCCGGUUCACUUUUUAGAAAACACAAAUAUAAUCCAUUUUAAUGCUUCACUGUGUGAUGAAAUGAACUCUGUGUGAAAGCAUUUCAAACACUUGAUGGUUUUUCUCUCACAGAUGACAGUGGGCGUUUGCACUCCACUGUCUAACAUUUAUUAUAUAACCCAAACAGGAGUUUUACCCUUCUGUCCUAACUCUGGUUUGGACCAACUAGAACCAGAAGAUUAUUUUAAUUAUUUUAUCAUCUUGACAGUUUAUGAUAAGUUCCCAACAAAUAAAGAUGCACUUGUUCAGUUUUCUUACAUUAAUCAACAUGUAUUUUUAAGUGAUUGUUAUCUGAUUCUGUUAAUCAACUGGCAUAUAUCGAGGUGUUAUUGUUAAGAAAGACAAAUUUUAAACACAAUAACCAGUAAACAAUAAAACGUAUUUAAAAUUA